UCAACUUUGCGCCUACAUUUGGGAUCGAUUUUUGAUUGGAUCAUUGUGCGCAUCCGUCACUAUCGAUACAUCAUCGCGAUUACAAAUGGCUGUGCGCAUAAUUGGCGGGAAACUGUCAGAUGGACUUGACACGUGGCACAACACGUUUGUGGAAGAAAUACGCAUAGAUAGACAACGCAGAUAUGUUGCCUCGCAAUUUUCUUGCAGCAAAAUGACAUCGACUGCAUAAAUUGCGCGCUCGUACACGAAAUCGGAGAUGGAGCCGAUCAGCACGGAGAAGUUUUACGGCAGCAAAGUACGCGAAGAACGCAAGCCCAAGUCCAACGUUUGCUGGGUGACACAUCGGACCAUGCCGUCGCACAUACUGGGUCCCACGCAAUAUUGGCAGGAAUUUUACAAACAGGCGGACGCACUGGCCGCUGCUACCGAACGUAGCACGAAAACGGACACGCUCUGCACCUUCGUGUACCAGCGAGCCAGCGAUGGCAGCCGCAGAUUCGUCGUUGCGCAUCCGGAGGUCUACUGGUGGCACUACAAGGCCAGAGCGCAGGAAGAGAGAUGCUCGUACGAGGUAAUACCGGAAGGUUCACCAUGUUGGUUGUAUCUGGAUUUAGAGUAUCGGAUGGAACUGAAUCGUCACUGCGACGGAUCGCGCAUGACCAGUACACUGAUAGACAUCAUACGUGCCUAUUUACUUAAUCGCUAUCACUUGCUGUGUGAUAGAAGCAACUUUUUAAUACUGGAUUCCACGUCCAGCGAGAAAUUCAGCCGGCAUGUUAUUUUUACCAUGAAGGACGUGUCCUUUAAGGACAACUCGCACGUCGGAAGAUUCGUGAAAACCAUAUGCAGUGACAUCAUGCUACACUUGAAAUCGGAUGUGCAGACACAGGGGAUUUUAAGUCACUUCGAUAAGGCGGACAUUGACGAAAUGCUCGUGGAGACGGACCGCGGCAAGAGAUUGUUCAUCGAUCACGGUGUCUAUACGAAGAACAGACAUUUCAGACUCUAUUUGUCCACCAAGUGGGGAAAACAAUCGUACUUGACGGUCUCCACGGAUUGCACGCACAUGCCAGUGAACAAGUGCAGGGAGAAGGAUCUCGGGAUCUUCUUGGAUUCCUUGAUAUCGUAUUUCCCAGACAAACACCAUUUGAUCCUGUUGGAGUUCUUUAAUCAGAGUGACGUGAAGACUCGACUCUAUACGAGAGCAACGCCGACGCAGUCCACUCACGAGGAUGAAAAACAGAAACGGGCCUCGCCGUAUCCCGAACUAGACAGAUACGUUCGCGGUAUCGUCGAUCCCGGCAAGAUACGAGUCGCGAGGUAUUCCGAUAAAACGAAAACGCUGAGAUACGAAAUUUACGGUAACAGAUACUGCGAGAACAUUGGCAGGUGUCACAAAAGCAACAACGUGUACUGGAUCGUGGAUCUGAACCAGAAAGCAAUGUACCAGAAGUGUCACGAUGCGGAUUGCUCGGGUUUCGCGUCCGCACCCAAGAGCUUGCCGGAAGAGAUCGUUUUUAUGUUAGACACAGAAGGCGACACUCUCAUAUCUCGUGCAGAGAUAGACGAAGAGGUUGCACAUAAACAUAUUUGAGAUUUGUCUUUUAUAUUGAAGAAAUAUAUUUUUUAGUGUAUUGUAAAUUGUUUGUAUAAAAGUAUAUAUAC